CAGUGUACUUCUGUCACAUCCUUCUCUCUCAGCUGUGUAUCUCAUCACAUCUCCUAAGUGUAUUGGCACAACUUCGCCUGUCUAUAUAGUGGACUGUAUUUGACUUCAUUCGGACAAAUCGCGGUUGGAACAUGCAACGUCAAAAAGUUGUUUAGAACCCUCUUCUUUUGAGUGUUUAGCCCGAAGUGUAUUCUUACCAAAAAUCCAUAGGAACUUUUCUUUUAAUGACUACAGCUAUCUUGCCAGGUUUAUCGCCGGGACAUGGUCUGUAGCAUGAUUAUUUUACUAUAACAAAGUCGGACCCUGGUCGGGCAACAUGAGAAACUGGCGCUUCGUUAACUUUGCUUUUCUGGUCGCUCUUCUGCACGUCUUGUGCGCGUCACCGGUUCAAGACACAGCUGGCAUCACCACUUCUAAUCUAUACAAAGGGAAUGUUCCUUCCCAAGCUGAGUGGCACGGGGCGAAGACUAAGCCACAGCACUACAGCACUUCAAUACCCAUGAUUCUACAGGGCACCAAGCAAAGACCCCUUGACCACCUCACAUCUGGGGACUACCCUGCAAGCCUUCAGCUGCUGGUACAAACGGAAGGGGAACGGCUGAUCCUGGAACUGGAGAAAAACCACGGCCUCUUUACGAAUCACUACACGGAGACGCACUAUGGAGAGGAUGGAGACGCCGUCACCAACGCACACGCGUCCACGAAAAACUGCUACUACCAUGGAGAGGUGCAGGGGCGUCUGAAAUCGGAUGUCUCCCUUAGUGCCUGCUCAGGCCUUCGGGGAUUCAUCGCCCUUGAGAACAAGACCCUUGUCAUUGAGCCCACUCCGGGGCCCCUCAGCGGUGGCUAUGCAGACAACAACACCCACCUCCUCUAUCGCCUGGAGGACCUCGAUCUCACGCCCGGCACCUGCGGACAUGGGUUCAACGUGUCAUCUCCCGCACCUCAAGACGGCAUGGGAAACCCCUUUCAUUCGUUCAGCACACGGCACAAGAGACAUGCCCAGAAAACCACCAAAUACGUGGAGCUGGUCAUCGUUGCGGACAACCGAGAGUUCCAGAAACAGGGGAAGGAUGUGGAGAGAGUGAAGCAGAGACUGGCGGAGAUAGCAAAUUAUGUGGACAAGUUCUACAGGCCCCUGAACAUCCGGGUGGCCCUGGUGGGCCUGGAGGUGUGGAGCGACGCCGAUAAGUGUGCCGUGUCUCAGGAUCCCUUCUCCACGCUCCACGAGUUCCUGGACUGGAGGAAAGCCAAGCUCCUCCCCCAGAAACCUCACGACAACGCCCAGCUCAUCAGUGGCGUCUACUUCCAGGGUACAACGAUUGGAAUGGCACCUAUAAUGAGCAUGUGCACAGUGGACCAAUCGGGUGGCGUCGUCAUGGACCACUCAGAGAACCCUCUGGGUGCCGCCGUGACCCUGGCCCACGAGCUGGGUCACAACUUUGGGAUGAACCACGACACGCCAGAGCGGGGGUGUGGCUGCAGGAUGACCGUGGACCGGGGAGGCUGCAUCAUGACCCCCUCUACAGGGUGAGUAGGACCCUUCCAGCAUCAUGACCGCCGAUACAGAACUACUGUUGAGGAAAGCUUCAGUAGCCGCGUUUACAUGGCAGAUCUAUGCCGCAUAGAUUUCUAUGCGGCAUAGAUCUGUUCCUAAAAUGUGUUCCGAAUGUACCGUAUACAUGGCAUUAACAAAAGUGUCCGUUAUGUCUCUCGCGCACACCUGACACGUCUCUGGACCGGCGGCGACAUAAUGGAUGUGUUUUCACUAUCGGGGAUUUUAAAUUUGAUUGUAAUGAAAGCACAGCAGGAGAGAGCUUUUCUCUGCCUGCUCCUUCAAUUAAGAAGGAGGAGGACAGCGCAGCAACGUCAAUUUCUCGUCAGAUCUUUAUAUUUACCCUAUGCUCCGCCGCAAACAAGAGGAAUUUGGAUGCGAGUCCGCAGCCAAGACUGGUGGGAGAGAGUGGUCUUACGGGAAUUUAGUGACCAGGAAUCCUCGAAGGUCCAAUUGCGCACUACUGCAGCUGCCAUCUCUCUAAGUUAAGAAGUAUUUUAGUGUUCAGCCUGCAAAAGUACUAGUAGUAGCCUACUCAUUUACAGUUAUCUCGGACGCGCGCAGACACUUCAUUAAUAAA